UCGCAUUAUCAUUAUCUCUCACGUGCGGGAAGCCGACAAGUUGUGAAUGUGUUAAAAACUGUUUAAUAUUUACAUCAUAAUAAUAAUAUAUUAUCGUUUUAAUAUGCCUGAGAAAUGUAAUACAUAAUAUACCAGUCUAUACAUUUCACUCGUUUAUAUACGUUUUUUUGCAAACUUCUCAGCCCAACGCCAUAGUACGCACUACCUUCGUUCGUCGUCUUAAGAUUCUUGCCCGCCCGAACAGUGGAACGAUAUCCGCAACUGAAUGAUGGACGAUCAAAGUUCCGAUUCGUCUGGCGAAUGCAGUCCUGAUGUUAAUAACGAAAAAUUAAUUGUAAAUGGACUUUUUGGAAUCGCUAAUGAAGAAAAUAAAGUUGAGAAUACUACUGCCUCUCCGAAAUUUAGUGAUGAUAUUAAUAUGGAAACAGAAGAAGUAGUUGAAACUAUAAUUGACAAAGUUUGUAGUGAAAACGAUCUACAUGUUAUAAAAACUACCAAUGAAAAAAAAUUUGAUGAUAACAAUGAUGACUGUGUUCAGAAAUCCGAGAGUAAUUGUUUUGGUAGUCAUAUGUUAUGCUCAGAGUCAGCUGUUUUGGAUCACACAGAAUUACCAUCCUCAUUUGCUACAAUAUCUAAAAAUUAUGAAAAAUCUAAAGAAUUUGAUGCUUCAAAAGACUUAGUUACAACACAAGAAAAUUUAAAAAUUGUCAAUGAAUUGCACGAAUUAGAUUCUAAGUCUUCUGUCGUAUUAUCCAAAGGCAAUUUACCAUCAACACUCUCUUUAAUUUCUACAAAUUACCAAGAUUCAAGUUCUGAUGACAGCGAUACUAGUGAUGAUGAUAAUUUCAACAAUGACGAUCAAUUAAUUGAUUCUGAUAAUGAAAACAGCAUAAUUUCUGUAUCAUCUAAUACAUUUUCAAAAGACUAUGUUAAAACCAAAGGAGAAUUAGAUAUUAGUGAUUUACCACCCAUUGAAGAUUUAAAAAUAUCAGUUGAUGAAGCCAAAUGUCAACCAGUUGGAUGUAUAAAAAAUGUUGUUGACACUUUAGUUAUUGUUGAAGCAUUUGUAAAUCAACCUGCAUUGGAUAUAGAUUCUGUCCUAUUUGUGGAUCGAGGAAAACGAGCUUUAGGACGAAUAUUUGAUGUAUUUGGACCUGUUACAAAGCCUUUUUAUGCUGUCCGAUUCAACGAUUCUAACCAUAUAAAAACGUUUGACGUACAAAUUAAGGAACCUGUAUACUGUGCUCCUCAGACAGAAUACGCAAGCUAUGUUAUGGUUUCUCAGCUCAUGAAAAUUAAAGGAAGUGAUGCUUCCUGGAGAGACAAUAAUGAACCACCUUGUGAGUUUUUAGACUAUUCUGACGAUGAAGCAGAAAAGUUAGCAAAGAAAAGUCGAAGACAGAAAAAAUGUACACAACCCUCAGGAGAAGGUGAUGAUAAAGUUAACAAAGAAAAAUCACCUGAUCCUCCCAGUCAAAGUGUUGUUAGGAAUAAUCCCACACCAAGGAGUAUGACACCACGUCCGUCAUUUCAGAAUUCCAAUAAUCGGACACAACAAACAUACAGCCCUCGUCCUCCCAAUUAUGGUUAUGGUCCUAGACAAUUCCCAACCUAUGCUCAGCAUUUGAGUUCAAUGGAAUACAGUCAAGCUUAUCGCCAACCAUAUAAUCCAUGGUAUUAUGAUCCAAUGUAUGCACCAAGACACAACUAUCCACCUCCUCCUCCUCCUCAUUUUAUGCCACCAGUAUAUGAUUAUCAAUCUCAACCACCAAUGGACCCAAAUAAUCCAAAUAAUCCAAAUAAUCGAUUUCACUAUCCUGACCGUUUUAAUUAAAAUCCUUCAAAAAUGCUUAAAAAUGUUUUUUUUAUUGUGUACCUUGUUUUUGUAUUUCAUUUUUUGUAUUGCUAUAUGAUAUAUAUGAUUAAUUAUAAUAAUUGUUUUGAUAUCUAAAGCCAUAUUAAGAUACUUGGUAAUUUGUUUAUGACGGGUGCUGUUAUUAACUCAGUGCUCAGACUUAUUAUAUCUAAAUAAGGUUUGAAAUGCAAAAAUUAAUUUUGCAAUAAAAAUAAAAAAUAAAAAUUUUAAA